GGCAUCUGACUGGAAACUAGACCAUCCGGACUGGACUGGGCGGCUUCGUGUCACCUCCAAAGGCAAAACUGCCUACAUAAAACUGGAGGAUAAGGUUUCAGGAGAGCUCUUUGCCCAGGCUCCUAUAGAUCAAUACCCUGGCAUUGCCGUGGAGACUGUGACGGAUUCCAGCCGCUAUUUUGUCAUUCGAAUUCAGGAUGGGACUGGACGAAGUGCUUUUAUAGGGAUUGGCUUCACGGAUCGUGGUGAUGCCUUUGAUUUCAACGUCUCUCUGCAGGAUCACUUCAAGUGGGUGAAGCAGGAAACUGAGAUCUCCAAGGAGUCCCAGGAACCUGACACACGUCCCAAAUUAGACUUAGGGUUUAAGGAAGGACAGACUAUCAAACUGAACAUUGGGAAUAUGACGACAAAGAAAGGAGGAGCAGCUAAGCCCCGUGUGUCUGGAUCAGGGGCCCUAAACCUGCUGCCACCCCCACCAGGAGGCAAAAUUGCAGUCCCUCCUAUACCUCCCCCGUCUUCCACAGCCAUUGCCAACCACGUCACGCCACCACCUGUGCUGAAAUCCAGUAAUGUGAGCGGUGCAG